GGAUCCGGAAAUUACACCAGCCAAUUAAAAAUAGUUGGCGUUGUUAGCUCUCAAGGGUGUCUGUUACGUUAGCUAGCAAGUUCCAGCACAAAAAACCCGUGUCGUUAGUUUCAUUCAUCUCUUUCGAGGCCGAUUACAUUGUGCAUCCCAGUACUGAAAGAAGAUGGCUGCUCCGGAUAUGCGCCUCAACCACACCAUAUACAUCAACAACCUGAACGAGAAGAUUAAAAAAGAUGAACUGAAGAAGUCGUUGUACGCAAUCUUCUCUCAGUUUGGUCAAAUCCUGGACAUUUUGGUUGCCCGCUCCCUGAAGAUGAGGGGUCAGGCUUUUGUCAUCUUCAAGGAGGUCAACAGUGCCUCCAAUGCCCUGCGUUCCAUGCAGGGGUUCCCAUUCUAUGACAAACCUAUGCGUAUUGGGUACGCCAAGGGGGACUCUGACAUCAUCGCUAAAAUGAAGGGAACCUAUGUGGAGCGUGACCGUAAGAAGGAGAAGAGGGCCAAGGUCAAGGGCCCAGAGGCUGCAGGGGCCAAAAAGGGUGUGCCAGGGACCCCUGUAGUACCCAUGGGCCCUGGAGUUCCAACACCCAUGCCUGGAAUGCCACCCAUGAGCGGAGCUCCUCGUAUGAUGCCAAUGCCAGGGCAGCCCCCCUACAUGCCCCCGCCAGGCAUGAUGCCACCUCCAGGGAUGGGCCCUGGGGGGAUGCUCCCUGGUGCCAUGCCUCCGGGUGGGAUGAUGCCCGGGCAAAUGCCCCACGCCCAGGUUGCAGAAAACCCUCCCAACCACAUCCUUUUCCUCACCAACCUCCCAGAGGAGACCAACGAGCUCAUGCUGUCGAUGCUCUUCAACCAGUUCCCAGGGUUCAAAGAGGUGCGUCUGGUGCCUGGUCGCCACGACAUUGCCUUUGUGGAGUUUGAUAAUGACGUGCAGGCUGGAGCGGCCAGGGAGGCACUGCAGGGCUUCAAGAUCACCCAGACCAACGCCAUGAAGAUCUCAUUCGCCAAGAAAUAACACAUCAGAGAGUGCUUGAGUGGUUUACAAUCACACACACACACACAUCCACACACAGAUAUCCCUCUUCCCCAUUAAACUAAACCAGCAUAGAGCCGACUACUAACCUGUCCUUCGCUAAGAAAUCACAGUGCGAUACAAGGCCCCCCCCUCCCCCUCCCAGGCUCCCUUACACAUUUGUUGCUGCUCCUUGUCCUGCUUACAGAUUAUGACAUAAGAAUUGUUUCAGCCUCCACCGGAAGGUAAGGAAUGGUGAUUGGACGAUCCCCUUCAUCACCGACGCCUAUAGGAGAGCCAAGUCUUUUUACCCUCUUAGUUUUGAAGUUCAGCAUAGACUUAUUUUUUCUUGUAAUUGUCUUGUUACUGCCCUUCCUGUGCUCCCGUACUAAUUUAGAAUAACUGGAGAUGACUUUCUUUGUAUCUGAUGGUAGGUUGCCAGCGGUUUUAGAGGAGACGACAUAAGGGCAGGAUUGUGAUGAUUGGAAUGCUGACGCCAGGCUCAAAAACGAUGAAGUGUCAGGACUAUGUUGGUUUAGUGAUUUGGUGCCGACAUAGAGGAUAGUUAGCUGACAUUUGCAUAGCCAGGUUAAGACUCGUUUUCAAGUAUGUCAGUUUCUGCACCCAUUCCUUGAGGACAAAAUCUGGUGUUUUGUAUGUAAGUAUAUUUUCAUUUUUAUUGUUUGUCUGUUAAAAAGCAUUGCACCCAGGGUCUGUUUCAUCCAGACAUUGUACCUGGAGCUUUUAUGUUUGAUUAAAAUGUGUGCUUUUUAUAAUGACUAA